AUGGUGGGACAUCAUGACAUCAUUCCCCUGGUUAUUUCCACCACCUUUUUGGACCCCGAAAAAAACGGCCAGGUGGCAGGACAUCUGCUGCAGGAACCACAGAGUGGUCUCCAUUUGUCGGGUGGUUUGGGACGACACUGGCCCCAGGCGCGGGGUGUCUUCACCAACGGCAAGGGCCUAGUGGCCUGGAUCAACCAGGCGGAUCAUCUUCGCUUGGCGUAUCAGAGAGAGGAUGCAGCGGUCUGGCAGGCACUGGAAAGCACAUUGAGAGUAGAACAAGGCCUGAACAACUAUCUGAAGGCGCCUGGCCGGCUGAUUUUGAGCAAGGCAAGAGGCUAUCAGUUCAGCUUCACAGAUGCUGUGGGAUACGUGACCUUCUGCCCAGCCAACGUGGGCUCAGCCGUACAGGCUUCAGCGCGAUUGCUCCUACCACGCCUGGCGAUGGAGGAGGCCAAGCUCAAGGCCAUGUGUCGGCAGCUGGGUUUGUAUCCCUCGCGCCGGAGGGAGCUGAGCGACACGGGGGAACGAAAGCCGGUGUGGGAGGUUACGGUGGCGAAACACAUGGAGAUGUCACCUGAAGACAUUGCUGCAGCGUUGGCCUAUGGAUGUCGCAAACUGGUGGAUGAGGAGUGGGAGAUGGGAUGGAGUUGUGAAAACCUUGUGAAAUCGUAG